GGAAACAGGAAACGUCAAUGUUCGGGUGAAGCCGGAGCCAGCCCCAGCGCCCCUCGGGUGGGAGCGCCGCCGAGGCAGCAUGCGAAAGCCAAGCCUCGUCGCCCUGCUUUCUGCCCUCUCGCUGGCUGGAGGAUCUGCCGCUGAUGGCUCUGAAAAUGAUGGUUCAGGAGAUGGCUUGCUGAUAUUGUCCACCGUUACAGUCACGACUCCUCCUGCUACGCAUUCUUCAACCGCGGAUGACCACGGGCCUGUACCUGUCACUGCAAGCGCUACUGAAAGCAGCUUUGAAACAAAAAGUACUCCAAGUACUGAAUUGAAUGCCACAAGCAAUCAGGACAGCCUAGAAGCAGCAGAACACUCUAUCUUGAGAUACGUUGUCCCCGUCGCGCUGCUGGUCCUGCUGAUUUUGCUCAUCAUGUUUUUUCUAAUACAUCAUAAAAGGAAAAAGUCUAAGCAAGAUGAGCUGGGAAGUGAAAAUGUGAAAAGUCCUAUUUUUGAAGAAGACACACCCUCUGUUAUGGAGAUAGAAAUGGAAGAGCUUGAUAAAUGGAUGAACAGCAUGAACAAAAAUGCUGACUGUGAGUGUUUGCCUACUGUAAGAGAAGAAGAAAAAGAAUCAAUUGCUAAUCCAAGCGAUGGUGAAUCAUGAAGUCAGAAGAGCAAAGAACUGGUUAAAGGGAAGCCGCGCACAAGCUAACGACCCCCCAGAUAUUGGAUGAACUGGAUUUAAAUAUAAUUCAUCUCAAAAGGCCAGAGAAGCAAAUGCUUUUGUUGUGUCCUGCUCCAUACAGUCUUCAGAAAGGAAACGUCACCUAGGGGAAGAAAAGAACAGGAAAAAGGAAAAGCACUGUAGUAAGAUGAGAGACUGAUUUAAGUUCCUUCUGCAAUGAGAUUCAUCACAAAUGAAGAGAAGCCUCUCCCCCCAGAAAAAAUAAUUCUCAAAAUAGUCCAUUUUUCUGUCACACUUCAGUUGUGUAUCAUGCAGAACCACUUCUUUCCCAAGUUUGGUUGGUUUCUUCGUAUCUUGUGUGUGUGUUGUUUAAAACUAUAAACAGCAUCCAUAAAUCCAGACUACCCUGGUUUGGUGGGUGUGAACCUUACGCCCAUGCAAUGUUUGUGUUUUCAAUUUGCUUUUUGGUAACAGCACGCUGAUUUGCACAGGGCUUCUGCUGGGCAGGUACCAGAGUGGGACUGCCAGACCAGCUCUGAGGACAGACAGAGCAGCUGAAAAGCCUCUCAGAGGAUUUGACAGAAGCAACUGCAGCCCAGCAAGGGCAUGGUCUUUGUAGCACUCUUUUUGGUUUUCAAGUUAAAGGCAUUGUAGAAAUGAAAAAUAUUAUUUCAAGAUUGCCUUUCAGUGCAGUUAUCUCCACAGAGAGCGGUACCCUGGGCUCCCUCUCACCAUUUAACCCUUCUCCCUGCCCACUGCUCUUCUCUGACCACCACCUACUUCAGGAAUAACCAACAUGAAAAUAUUUCUUUUUUAAAAAAUAAGAAAGGUUGACAAAUUGAGCAAUUCAAUACUCACACAAAACACAAGUUUAGAUAAGUAUCUGUUAUGCGUAACCACUUGGUCAAGGCUUUCAGAUGCAGUAAGAUCUCUGCUGCUUCUGUUUUUGAAUAUUGAUCUUGGAAUAUCUGAAAGACAUUGACUUCUAAAUGUGCCUGGUCACCUUUAAUCAUGCUGAAAGAAAAAAAGUCAGAUUCUUGAGAUACCUCAAGGUGAGCAUAUAAAUAUUGUAAUCGCAUCCAUUGAUUUUAGGUGGCAUGUCUCUUAUGGAUGUAGUUUAAAUAUGUAACACGCACUUGGAAGUGGAUCCUUGUCUGUGCAAAUCUUCCCCUGCCUUAUUUAAAAUCCUAUAUUCUACCCUCAUCCUCAUAUCUACCAUUCUCAUCUUUUUAAAUGUAUAAUUUCUUCCCACUCAAUACGUGUUUAAUAUGAUCAGUUUUGGUUUGCCUGCAAGUAUUUCACUAAUAUGCUAUCAGACACAGCUUGGGUAAAGAGAGCAAACACUCCAGGCCUCUGGGAUGACAACUAAGUGUCACUAACAGCUGACAGAUACAGAGGAGGGUUCAGCUUUGUGAGUAAUUGAGGAUGUGCCAAAAUAUAAAAGGAAAAAAUGUUUACAGCUAACCAUAUUCAUUUGUUGCCGAAUAUGGCUUGACUAGUAAUUUCCUCAAAGAGUAAAAGGUUCCUUCAAUUCUUCCAAAACAAUUUAUUGCAAAUAUUGGAUUUAAUAUUGAGUGAUGGUAAAUUAAUUUUCCCUGCUUGGAUGAUCUUUAACUUUGAAAAUAUUGUUUCAAGUUCAUCUUCCACAUUUUUUUUUAUUUUUAAAUUUCCACAAGUUCCUGACAGUAAAUUCAUUCUAUAGAAUGUUGAUUUAAAAUAAUGCAACCAGAAGGUGGAAAAAGUGAAAGCCUGAAAUAUAGAAAACUUUUUAAAAUGGAAGUAAAUAUUUUCCGGUAGCAGCUUUGUUAGCAUCUCUUUUCCAACGAAGAUGUUACGCUUAGAUUUCCUACAGUUUGCCAAGCAGUAGCCUGAAGAUGCCCAAAAGAGAACAUGUAUUCUUUAACAGUACAGGAGAAAGAGGAUGUACUUUGAGACCUUUACCGGCUGUGUGGUUGGAGGGCAGCCCACAGUGGCCCAGCAGUUUGCAGCUUCAGUGCCCAAGUGGUGACUCCUGCCCUGCCUGGCUUCAGGCCACACAGCUCCACAUCCAGCAGCCACCGCCUUCUCCAUGAAGGGGGCUAAAGAACAGCUGGGACAAUGAAGAACUGGAAUCCUUGCCUUUCUUA